GCCUGGAUUUUAAGACUAAUCCCAAGGAAGGAACUGCAGCCUCCUGAGUGUGUGAGAGAGAGAGUGAGGAGGAGAUGACACACAGGCUGAGCAAGCCCCUGGCCAGAUCUGCCUAAAGCUGUGAUAAGGAGGCGCAGGAGAGGCAAAUGAGCUGAGACCCUGGGACUUUUUCCUCCUUGCAACAAGGAAGGAACUUGUACGGAGUGGAUCCAGAUUGGUGAAGGAUUCUACAAGAUUGGAAGAGAGGCCUCUUCCACAUUCUCCUUCUUGAGCAGGCAUGGAGUCCAGCAACGACACUGACAGCUACCCAGGCAUUCUGGAGUGUGACUACGAGGACUGGAGUUCAUCCAGGAUCCUGAUUCCCUCCAUCUACUUGCUGGUUUUCUUCCUAGGCACCACUGGCAACGGCCUGGUACUAUGGACCAUUUUCUGCGGAGGCCAGGAGAAACGGCGGUCUGCAGACACGUUCAUUGCCAACCUGGCAGUGGCCGACCUCACCUUUGUGGUCACCUUGCCACUUUGGGCUACCUACGUCAUCCUGGACUACGACUGGCCCUUUGGCUCUUUUGCCUGCAAGCUCAGCAGCUACCUGGUCUUUGUCAACAUGUACGCCAGUGUCUUCUGCCUCACAGGCCUCAGCUUUGACCGGUACCUGGCCAUCGUCCGCCCCAUCGCAAAUGCCAAGCUGAGGUCCAAGGUCAGUGGGCUUUUGGUGACCCUAACCCUCUGGGCCAUGGCAGUUCUCCUAGCCUUGCCAGCCAUGAUCUUCCGGAGCACAACCGUCUUCACCGGGACAGACAAAGUGACGUGCUACAUGAAUUUCUCCAGUGUGGCCACCGAUGAGACCGAGCAGGUCUGGGAAGCAGGUCUGGGCUUGUCUUCCACCCUCCUGGGCUUUGUGCUUCCCUUUGCCAUCAUGCUGACCUGCUACUUCUUCAUUGCCCGCACCAUUGCCGGCCACUUCCGAAAGGAGCGCACCGAAGCGCUGAGGAAGCGGAAGCGCCUGCUGACCAUCAUCAUCGUCCUGGUGGCCACCUUCGCCGUCUGCUGGCUGCCCUUCCACUUUGUGAAGACCAUCUACAUGCUGAUGGACUGGGGGGUGAUGCCCUUGUCUUGCGGCUUCCACGCCUUCCUCAGCAAUCUCCACCCGUACAGCAGCUGCCUGGCCUACAUCAACAGCUGCCUCAACCCUUUCCUCUAUGCCUUCUUUGACCCCCGCUUCCGACAGGCCUGCGCCGCCGUCCUCUGCUGCAGCCCAGGGCAUUUGGCAGGAUCUGGUGGGGACAAGUCGGCCAGCUACUCCUCCGGCCACAGCCAGAACCACCUGGGGAAAGGAGCAGAUGCACAGCGGGAGAAGCAGUGCCCCGACAGCCAGGAGACUCUGCUCCGGGGAUAAAAGCUGGACUACGCCACAUACAAAUGUCAAGGACUUUGGAGAUAAGGGGCUCUGUUUUCCUCUUUUCCACCCUCUUCUGUGGGCCCUUGCUUUCUAAUGCUAUUAUCUUUUUCAGGGUUCCCUUACCCCUUCUGACUUACACCCCCUUCUGCCUUUCUUUGUCUUUCUCUGCCCACCACCUUGUCCCCUAAACCAGAGAUGGAAAAAUUGGUGGUCUUCAAUUGUUGCUGGACUCCACCUCCCAUCAUGGCCCAAAGGUCAGGGGUGAUGGGAGAUGUGGUCCAACAUCCAUGUUUAACUUUGCCACUUGACCUCUUUUUAAGAUGGAAUAUCCUGCAGUGAUGGGAUGAGCUAAGCUCCCAAGGAACAAUUAGGAGCUCUGCCAGCUGUUCUGGAGUGAAAAAUACAGGUCAUGGUGCUGAAACAUAACUUUGCUGGGCACUGGCUCUGUCUCCUGCUCCAUAGCACUUUCAAUACAGUUUUGCUUCUGUCCCCCCCUCUGCACAUCUGUGCUUUUUAUUGGCACGGUGCAAAGAUAAAUCUGCCUUAAUUUCUGCUACUUGACCUUCCAGUAGCACGGCAGCAGGAAAGAGGGAGCAGAGAUGAGUUCCUUAAGAGGUGACCAGCUGUCUUAGGAGGCAAGCAAAGUCUGCAAUCCCACACACACAUAGUUGGGAACGAGUCCCCUCGAACUCACACUUCUGAGCAGGCAUAACUGGGGUUGCACAGAUGGUCUGAUCACUGAGGAGUCAGCCUAUAACUUCUAGGCAAAUCCUGGGCAUUCUAGAAAGGCAGCAGUCCCAUGCGCAUGAAAUUAACGGGACUCAUUUCCAAUUAAAUCAGGACAGGAUCAUCCCAGUGUGUCCCACUGGGUUCCACUGGGCUUACUUUCAAGUAAGCAGCAUAGGAUUGCAACCUUGGGUUAGGAUUUUUACUUUAUGGUGAAUCCCUCCCUCCCCUGGUUAUAGAACCAUAAAAUUGUAGAGUUGGAAGGGACCCCAAAGGUCAUCUAGUCCAACCCCUGCAAUGCAGCAGUGUCAUAAUUCAUUCUGCUCCACACUCCCUAAAUAACAACAAACCUGGGAGUAAUAACUUAUUAUCUGUAGCUGGCUGUUGUUGUUAUUAUUUUUAUUUUUGCUGCUGCUGUUGUCUGAGCCAGCCUCUGGUCAGGAUUCCCUGCCUCAGAAGUUUCCCCACCCACACAAUUCAUUCUUCUUGUCAGGAGACACUUGGGGAUGUGAUCGAUUUACAGCUCCCAGUUGCUCUAGAGACCUCUGCCGGAGCAAAAUGACCACAGCUCAAGGAAUGUAUCCUUUUUAAGAUCCAGCACUAGGACUGGCACCAUGGACAGAGGUCUCCGGCCUGCUCCCUGCACAGUGGUACCUCGGGUUACAUACGCUUCAGGUUACAUAAGGUUCAGGUUACUGAAUCCGCUAACCCAGAAA